AUGGUUUUGCAGACCAGAAGAGCUCCAAGUUUUGCUACCCUGGAUGCAAUCUAUAAUGUUAUUAUCCAGAACAAAAGGAGGUAUGUGUACAAUGCAGGUGAUCCAAAGACAUUUGAUCUGAAUUUCAAAGGGCCUGUUGCCAAAAGGAGUUGUACAGAUGUUCUGUGCUGCAUAAUCUUCAUACUGUGCAUUAUUGGCUACAUUAUUUUAGGACUUUUGGCCUGGGUACAUGGCGACCCCAGGAGAGUGGCCUACCCUACAGACAGCAAGGGCCACUUUUGUGGCCAGAAGGGCACCCCCAAUGAGAACAAGACCAUAUUGUUUUACUUUAACUUAUUCAGCUGUACCAGUCCCUCCGUGGUGAUAAACCUACAGUGCCCUACCACACAGAUCUGUGUCUCCAAGUGCCCAGAAAAAUUUUUAACCUACAUGGAAAUACAAUUUACAUACAGAACAAACAAAAACUAUUGGAAGUACUACAGCCAGUUCUGCAAGUCCACUUUUGUUAAGCCUGCAAAGACUCUCACACAAGUUUUACUGGAUGAUGAUUGUCCAAUAGCGAUUUUUCCAAGUAAACCAUUUCUCCAGAGAUGUUUCCCUGACUUCUCUACUAAAAAUGGCACUCUGACAGUAGGAAAUAAGACGACAUUUGAAGAUGGAAGUGGAAAGACAAGAAAUGCUAUAGAACUCAGGGCAGCUGCAAACCGUGUCAAUAAAAUACUUGAUGCAAGGACAAUUGGAAUGAAAAUAUUUGAAGACUAUGCAACAACUUGGUAUUGGAUUCUCCUUGGCCUGAUUAUCGCCAUGUUCCUUAGUUGGAUGUUUGUGAUACUCCUGAGAUACAUAGCUGGAUUACUCUUCUGGGUCUUCAUGGUGGGUGUGAUUGGAAUUAUAGGUUAUGGAAUAGGCCACUGUUACCAGGAAUACUGCAAUCUUCAGGGACAGCCAAAUUCUCAUCUAACUGUAUAUGACAUCGGGAUUCAGACUGAUAUAAGCAUGUACUUUCAACUGAAACAAACAUGGUUCACAUUUAUGGUAAUACUCUGCCUUCUUGAAGUGUUUAUCAUCCUCAUGCUGAUCUUCCUCAGGGAACGAAUCCGCAUCUCCAUUGCCCUGCUGAAGGAAGGGAGCAAAGCCAUUGGAUAUAUCCCUACUACAUUAGUUUAUCCACUUUUAACUUUCAUUUUCCUCUCCAUCUGUAUUUCCUACUGGGCGGUGAUAGCAGUUUACUUGGCUACAUCAGGGGUACCUGUAUACAAAGUCAUAACCCCAGAAGGGCAAUGUAAACAUGAAAAUACAACCUGUGACCCAGAGAUUUUUAAUACAACUGAAAUUGCCAAAGCUUGCCCUGGGGCUCAGUGUAACUUUGCUUUCUAUGGUGGAAAGAGCCUGUACCAUCAGUACAUCCCUACCUUCCAGAUAUUCAAUCUAUUUGUCUUUCUCUGGCUUAUAAACUUUGUCAUUGCACUGGGUCAGUGUGCCCUUGCUGGUGCCUUUGCUUCUUAUUACUGGGCCUUGAAAAAACCUGAUGAUAUCCCACCAUAUCCACUUUUUACUGCAUUUGGACGAGCCAUACGAUAUCACACAGGAUCCCUAGCAUUUGGAUCUUUAAUUCUUGCAUCAAUUCAAAUAUUUAGAAUAGUCUUAGAAUACUUAGACCGCCAUCUUAAAGAGGCCCAGAACAACAUUUCUAAAUUUCUACAAUGCUGCCUGAAAUGCUGUUUCUGGUGUUUGGAAACAGUGGUAAAGUUUUUGAACAGAAAUGCCUAUAUUAUGAUUGCAAUAUAUGGCAAAAACUUCUGCAAGUCAGCAAGAGAGGCUUUCAAUCUGCUGAUGAGAAAUGUUUUAAAAGUUGCAGUUAUGGAUAAUGUUACAGACUUUGUACUAAUCCUGGGGAAAAUUCUAGUUACUGGAUGUGUAGGUGUGCUGGCCUUCUUACUCUUCACACAAAGAUUGCCAACGAUUAUAGAAGGACCAACAUCUUUAAAUUACUACUGGGUACCUUUGCUGACAGUCAUUAUUGGAUCUUACCUAGUUGCACAUGGGUUCUUCAGCGUCUAUGCAAUGUGUGUUGAUACAAUUUUCAUCUGCUUCUGUGAAGAUCUGGAAAGAAAUGAUGGAUCCACAGAAAAACCCUACUUCCUAGCCCCUACCCUGCACGGAACUCUGAACAAGAUGCAACUAGUUUCCCAGAAGCAGAAAGAGUAG